AUGGCAUCAGUCGGUUUCAUUGGAUUAGGCAAUAUGGGCUCACAUAUGGCUCGAAAUUUGCUUCGUCAGGGUUGUAAAUUGGUUGUUUGCGAUGUGGACGCGAAACGAAUUGCCGAACUCAAGAGUGAAGGCGCUGAAAUCGCGGAACAUCCUGCAGACGUUGCGAUAGCGUGCACGAAACUUAUGACGAUGCUUCCGAACAGCAGAAUUGUUACGGAUGUUUUUACUGCCGACAACGGUAUUUUACGGUAA